AACGCGCGCGCCUCAGCGGUUACCGGUAAAAACUUCAUUCUGACAACUUCAUUCAUUGUGACGGAUAUAGUGUUGUGUUUUUUUUUUUUUUUGGUUAUUGUUGACAAAAGAAUAUAGAGCUGAGAUCUCCAUUAUGAUUCUUCGGAACGAAACAAAACCUCUCAUAAUCAUCGAGUUCUCGAUUCUAACUAACCACAUAUCGAAAUCCCUAGUUAUGUGACAGACAAUGUGUAUAUAGACUAAGAACUCGUUAUGAAUGAAUAGUGAGUAACAGUGAACUGAUAAGAUGCAUUUGGCAAGUGAAGUGAGCUCGACAACCAAUGGCUUGGGGCACGAGGCUCCGUCGUCAAGUUACAACGGCGGCUCGCUUCCGAGUCAACCAUUGACUGCCGAACUGUUGGCAGAAAGGACGUUAGAAGGUUUACUGGCAGACCAUCCAGGGGAGCUGGUGAAAACCGGUAGUCCUCACGUGGUAUGCACAGUUCUGCCGCCGCAUUGGCGAUCGAACAAAACCCUACCGGUAGCGUUCAAAGUGGUCGCGCUCGGGGAUGUUGGGGACGGCACGUUAGUAACAGUACGCGCAGGCAACGACGAGAAUUGUUCGGCUGAACUGAGAAACUGUACUGCAGUAAUGAAGAAUCAGGUGGCUAAAUUCAACGAUCUGAGAUUCGUUGGUCGAAGCGGAAGAGGGAAAUCUUUUACUCUAACGAUAAUGCUGGCAACUUCUCCUCCGCAAGUCGCGACGUACCAAAAAGCCAUCAAAGUCACGGUCGACGGCCCCAGAGAGCCGAGGUCCAAGACUCGACACCACGGUUUCCAUCCUUUCCAUUUCGGGCCCAGGUUUGCUCCGGAUCCUUUGAUGGGAUCACUACCUUUUAAAUUGUCAGGCAUAGCUCAUCAGUUGGCUGGUCUACCUGGAGGCGAAUGGGGAGCGCUAGCCCGGCAUUACCCCCCACCAAUUCUGCCAGCACAUCCGCACUUCACUCCACACGUGCUGCCUCCAGCGCAUACACAGCCCCCAGGACCCCCACCGCCUCACGAAAACGACGUGACGUCAGAUAAUCCAAUAUCAAUGCGCGCUCACAGCACUACGAGUCCAGCGAACUCCCGGCCGUGCUCCCCGCAAGACGAUGACAUAUCCGUCACCGCUUCAAUGAGUCCUCCUCCAGACGAACGGCCGGGAGCGUUCACCAGACCAAGAAAACCCCUGCAGCCACUACCGGCUCCGUCGAGUUUAUUCCACAGUGCAUUAGCCGCUCAAUUAUUCCUAAAUUCCCCUUUACUCCCCACCCCGCCAGCGUGGUUGUAUUCGCAACUCUACGGCGGCUACGACUGGUGGCUGCGACCGCCUGCGCCCCAAGAGGAUCCCAGCUCGAGCCCAGACCGGGAAGAAGAGAGCUCUACGCCUUCGGUUGCGGGUAAAAAACGUCCCGCGUCCCCAGAGUGGUCGGACCAAAGCGUUCGGACGCGAAGCAAGUCGCUUACGACGCCCGAGAAAAGACCUGUCGAUGUCUGGCGCCCGUAUUGAGCUAGUAAUGUUUAUGUAUAAACAUAAAGAAAUCGGUUAAUAGGCCGUCCGAAGUAUACCGUGACAGUGAACUGAAUGUGUCGUGUUUUAAAGAUAAAAUAGUGAACGUUGUGAAAUGAUAGGUUUUUUCAUCAAUAAUAGAUACGAAAUGAAUGUGAAAUCGUACGUUUUAUGAUUGUUGAAUGUAUUAUAAGAUAAUGCAAUCUGUAAAUAAAGUUAUCGAGAUUU